AUGGUGGUGAGCUCUGACAAGAUUGCCGUGGAAGUGGAGGGAGAGAAACUAACAGCUUGGUUCAACGACAAGGAUGAGCUUGUCUGGGAUGACGGGGACGUUUGGCAGAAGCAGCAAGAGACGGACGUGAAACCGUCCACACGACGAACCCUCACAAUGAAGAAGGGCGAGUAG